AUGCCGACCGAACUACUUGACGAUUCCACCCAGGACGCCGAGGAGGAGUUUAUCUUCAACGAGUACGCCAUCGAUGACAGCCUGGACCCUCUGAACCGGCUCUUGAUGUACUAUCAGUCGGACUUUUCUCUGCAGCGACUUGUGCUGGUGCGCGAGCUUUCCUCCACCGCGCACUUCGCCGGGUACGCCGAAAGCGCGCGCUCUAUUGUGCCGCUGCUGACGACUUUCACCCAAGAUGCUGAGCCGGUGGUGAGACAGGCCCUGGUGGAGCAGCUGUUCCCGCUUGCGGAGUUCUUUGUGCAGCAGGGCAGUGAAGCGGGCUACCAGUGUUUGCUCAACGCCUUCCUCCCAACAGCUUUCGAGUUGCUCGUUGAUAAGAAUGUGGAGGUCGGUGUUGUGGCGCUUGAGGCGAUUCAGAAGCUGGCCCAGCUUGUCCACAAGGAGGACGUGCAGUCACAUUUGCUCAACGUGGUAAUGACCCUCGCCCAUGACGAGCGUGCAGAGGAUUACCGCGUCGUAGCGGCGCAGCUCUUCAACGAUCUCGCGCCGCAGUUCGGCAGUGAGUUCUCAACGACGGUGGUUCUAGGGGAGCUGGAGCUGCUCUCGAACGACUCUAGUUUCACGGUGCGCCGCACCGUUGGCAGCAACCUCGGUGGCGUAUGUGCUGUGCUCACGACCGAGGAGGCUCAGCGGACGGUGUUGUCGCUGUACAUCACUCUCUGCGGGGAUGAGAUCUGGGGUGUGCGGCAGGCCUGCGCCGAGUCUAUUGAGAAGGUAUCAAGUGGUCUACCCGAGUUGAUGCGCGUUCAGUUCAUCGUGCCAGCCUUCCAGAAGCUGCUCGAGGAUGACUCUCGCUGGGUGCGCACGCGCGCCUACGAGUCACUAGGCCGCCUUCUCCACACCCUGCGUAGCGAGGACAUCAGCCCUGAGCUGCUGCGCCUCUUCACUGAUAUGGCCUUCCAGUCCGACAACGUGGAGAGCCCACUCAGCGAGUACUGCGCUUACUGCUUCCCAGCUGUGGUGCAGGCUAUCGGCCCGUCUCGCUGGAACGAGAUGGCAGAUGCGUACGCGACAAUGCUAAAGGAUGUGCAGUGGAAAGUACGCAAAUCCCUCGCCUACUCGCUGCACGAGAUGGCUGCGCUCCUCGGGACGAGGGUGACGGAGGAGGCCAUCGUGCCCGCAUUUGAGUUGCUGCUGCGCGACCUCGACGACAUCAAGCGCGGCGCCGUCCUUAACGCCGAGAGGUUCCUCGCCUUAGUCACCCCCGCCACACGCGACCGUCUUGUUCCUCUUCUGUGCCAUGUGCCGCUGGAGAGCGAGAACUGGCGGCUUCGCAACGAAGUGGCGAAGCGUAUUGGCGCCGUCGCCGUACUGCUCUCGCCCGACAGCCCCUCUUUUCCGUCCGUACUGGCGCUGGUGUCGCGCCUGCUCGACGAUAGUGUCAUGGAAGUGCGCACCUCCACGUACGAGCCGGUAGCUAUUAUCCUCAAGCACCUGCGCGCGGCAAAUGACGAGAAGUACCAGAACUACCUCGCCUCGAUUGUCAAGCUGGCGACGGCGUACAGCUUCCGUGGGCGGCAGAUGUUCGCCUACGUCACGGAGCAGGUGGUCAAGGUUGGCGCCGACGACGUACUGGAGAGCGCGUUGCUUGACGGGAUUGUGAAGUUGGCAAUGGACCCCGUCGUCAACACGCGCCUCGUUGUCGACAGCGUGGCGGGCCGCACCAUUCUGCGCAACACCAAGUGGGCGGAGAAUAAUAAGGUGCAGGAGGCUAUCUCAGUUCUGCAACAACAGGCAGCUUCGCAGGAGGUGGUAGACGUGGCGGCUGAGGCCGCAGAGGCAGCCGUGGCAAAUACCCAGAUUUUGAAUGGCAGCGAGAACGGCGUCGGCGAGGCUGGCGGUAUGGGGAUGCAGCGCGAGGAGCAGCAAGCGGACAGCGGCGGCCCUUCCCCGGCUCUGCAAGGCGGCCCUGAUACCGUGGCCAAUGGAGCGGAAGGUAUCGUGAGUGAAGACAACGACAGCCCAGGGUGCGGGCUGUGGUCGCAGGGCACGCCAGCCGUGUCAGCAGUGGCACCUGAUAGCACUAGUUCAGUCCCCUUAGGGGGUGCCACGGCGGUGGGGGAUAUUUGA